UCUCAUGAAGAAAAAAAUAACAGGCUGAAAUUUGGCAGUGGGCCCAUAUUACAUCCCAGCCCACACGCAGAAGUCAGAAGUAGAAACUCUACACACGUCCAGACCUCCAACAUACGCAGCAAUGGCGUUUAUUGGCUUUUAGCCUUACUUAACGUGUGAGACUCUCCUCCUCCCCCACCUCAUUAAUCAAUAUACACACACCUUACUCUCAUCUAUCUCCAUAAUCCUUCAAACCCCUUUUAAAUUCUUAUCGAUUUAUCAUCAAUUCGCUUUUCAAUUGAGCGAAUUCGAUAUGGUUCAUAUAUCCGAUUAAUUUGCCCACCACACAUCGCCAAAUCUCGAUUCUCAGGUGAAUUCCGUUACUUGUGUUGUAUAAUUGCUCGAUUUUUCAUGUUGGGAUGAUUCGAGUUCGAUUCAAUUUGGUCGGUUUGUUUCAUAAUUCGAACUAGUUUUUCACGUCUCCAUCUAAUUUCGAUUCAAUUGUUCAUCCAAAUGGUCGAUUCACGUAGCUCAAUACCAGUCGAGAUGGCUAAAUUCGAACAGAGUAAUCAAUCAAAGAAAAUACCCAUUUCAGCUUGUGAACAAUCUCGAUCAGCUUUCAUCGAUCUGAUUAUUUUAAUCGCUGUAAUCGGUGCUUGUGGAUUCUUAAUCCACCCCUAUGUAACCCUCUUAUUAUCCAAAACUCUCGAAACCCUUACCCCAAUCAUGAUCGCGAUUCACCAAGAACUCAUGACCGCUCCAAUGAUUUACAUGUGUUUAGGAUUAACCAUCUUCACUACAUCAAUGGCGGUGUUAGCCAUGACAUUAUGCACAAAUCCCAAAUGUGGUAAACCAGGUUGUCGUGGGUUGAGCAAUGGAGCCGCAUUCGAUAUCCAAAUUGAAACAGAAGAAUCUAUCAAGAAUUCCAAUUCCAAUUCCAAUUCCAGUUCCGUAAAGUGCGGAUUGAAGACGGGAUUGUUUGAAUUACCGAGGGAUUACCACCGGGAAUUAGAGGCGGAGUUGAAGAAGAUGGCACCGGCUAACGGCCGUGUGAUUUUGGUUUUCCGAUCAAGGUGUGGGUGUUCGGUUGGCCGGAUGGAGGUUCAUGGUCCGAAGAAGAGUAAUAGAAAGAUAAAGAGGUAAAGAUUUUGGAUUUAUAAACAUAAGGUUAUGGAAUAAAGUGCAAAUGUUAUACUUAAUUACUUAUUAUUGCACUUAUGGUUUGUUUUUGGUGAAGAAUUUUGGUAUAUAUUUGCAUAUUACUUUGAUCUUUA